GUUUGCACCCAAAAUUUAGCUCCAAAAUGGGGACCAUCAAGUGGGCCAUCGCUGCGGCCUGUGCACUAUUGUGCAUACAGGUGACGUUCGCGCAAUAUCUUUCCAGCUGUAAAACUCCCGACGGGGAAGCUGGGACGUGUGUGCUAGUACGCGAGUGUCCCUUCGUUCGGGCCGUGUUGAAGAAGCAGCAUCUAAGCAAUAACGAUAUCCGCUACGUGGAAGCCGUCCGGUGUGGGACGCUGGAAACACUGGCCCUGGUCUGCUGCAAUGCCCCGAACGUGACGAAAACGGCGGAGCCGGUGGAUGCGGAAACGAUCGCGGGAUUGGUCGAGAAUCGGUUCAACACACCGGAGGAGAAGCGUGAGCUACUACCGGCCGUAUGUGGAGUUGAUGGCAAUCGGGGUCCAUUGCCUGGCGAGCAGGCGGUUUUGUUCCAUCACCCGUGGAACGUACUGAUACGUCACCGUACGAAAGAGGGAGAUACUCGUUUCCACUGCGGAGGAGCCUUGAUAAGUGAUCGAUACGUGCUAACUGCGGCCCGGUGCAUUAUGGGGAUCAAGAAAACAUGGACGGUCGAGUCGGUCCGUGUUGGUGACUGGGAUUUACAGAACGAAGUAGACUGUGCAAAGACUGACGACCUCACAGAAUGUGCCGAACCAGCUCAGGACGUUGGAAUCGCAAAAAUAACGAUACACUCAAACUACACCGGCACCGGAACACCGGCGGUAAAGCACGACAUCGCGCUCCUUCGUCUGGCCCGGAAGGUACCGACGAGUUCCUCGGUCGCACCGAUCUGCUUGCCGCUCGAUCCUGAGGUACGCCGACAGGUGGAUCUCGAGAACGGCCGGUUCGUGGAAACCGGUUGGGGUAAAACCCCGGACGCCACCGGUAGUGACAACAAAAUGAACGCCUACUCGAUCGGAGUCUCGAGGGACGAGUGUCGUAGCAAGUAUCCCCAUGCCAACAUUGACGAAGGGCAAGUAUGUGCCAAACCGGAACGGGCCGUCGACACGUGCCGGGGAGAUUCCGGUGGACCACUGAUGUAUGGACACUCGGGGACUUUGUAUCUCAUGGGAAUCGCAAGCUUCCGGAAGGAGUGUGCCAAUGUUGGCGAGCCGGCGGUCUACACCAACGUAGGCGGACUGGUCGACUGGGUCAUCGACAAUCUGGAGCCGUAAAACCGACCGCGUGGAGAACCGACUGGACGUUCCGGUUCCGUGUCGAGCGCUGGAUUUACUGUGGCAAACAAAUUGAAUAAUAAAAA